CGUCGCAUCAAAAGCUGCGCUAGUUGUCAAGAGCAACGUAACGCGCCAAUCAGCGCACCUCUGCACCCGUGGUCAUGGCCGACUUCACCGUGGCAGCGUGUUCACGUAGACUUUGCAGGACCCUUUCAGAAUACCAUGCUUUUAGUAGUGGUCGACGCACAUUCCAAAUGGCCAGAGGUUUUCGAAAUGCGCUCGACAACUGCAGAAAGCACGAUUCGUUGUUUGACCGAGCUCUUCGCACGUUUUGGUUUCCCUGAAACAAUUGUUUCCGAUAAUGGACCUCAAUUUGUUUCGCAGGAGUUCAAGCACUUCGUGCAGGCAAUGGGGGCACGGCACGUCCUCACGGCUCCCUACCACCCCAGCUCCAAUGGGCUGGCAGAGCGUUUCAUUCAGACCUUAAAGAACGCCCUCCGCAAAGACGGCACAGGAGAGACACUGCAGUGCGUGCAACCACACAGAGGGGCACCUUCACCUGGCGUCGCCACCAGGAUCAACUGCUGCACAGACCUGCAGAGGACGUUAACCCUACGCAUGGAACAGCUGGCGAAGCUACGACCAGCGAGUUCCUGGUUUUUCCUGAGACUGGCGACGCACCAGUUCCUCCGACUCCACAACCGUCCAGGGCGACUCCGGUUACGCCACAGGCAACACCAGCACCCGCCGAUGCAAGACGCUACCCCAUGCGAAAUCGUCGCCCACCAGAUAGAUUCCAAGCUGGACUCUGAAUGACUUGGUGUGCGUUA